CGAAAAGAGAGAACCUAACCUAAAAUAAAUUUACAGCAAACGCGGAAUGACUAACGUUAUAGAUAUUUCGGACGAUUAUGCAUACCACAAUUUGGGAACAUCAGUUGAAAAUGACGUCACUGAAUAUGUCAAUCACUCUUUAUCAUACAAUGAAUAUUUUAGAAGAUAUUUACAGAACAAUAUACCCUGCGUGAUACAAUCUGCCACGGAUGCAUGGCCGUGCAGACAAAUGUGGCAAGCAGACAACGCGCCAAAUUUUGAAUACAUCAAAAGAGUAUUCGGAUCCUGUAUUGCACCUGUUGCUGACUGUACAGCAAAAUACUACAAUUCCCAGCUCAAGGAUGAUAUGGCAUUGGCUGAUUAUGUCGACUAUUGGAUCACAUAUCGUGACCUUAGUCAUCCAAAAAAUAUGCCUUUACUAUAUCUGAAGGACUGGCAUUGCGUAAAAAAUAAUCCGCGUAUCCCGAUUUAUGAUGUUCCUCAGUAUUUCGCCUCUGAUUGGUUAAACGAAUAUUACACAGAACAGGAAGAAUUAAAUGACGAUUAUAUGUUUAUCUACAUGGGUCCAAAAGGAACAUGGACACCAUUUCAUGCAGAUGUCUUCUCAUCUUAUAGCUGGUCAGCUAAUAUAGUUGGGAAAAAACGCUGGCUUCUCUUUGCACCUGGGGAAGAAGAUAGUCUGCGAGAUAAGAAUGGCAAAUUAAUCUAUGACAUAACCACUUCCAAUGAGUUGUUAAAUAAAACAAUGUAUCCAAAUUAUCAUGAAGAUAGACUCAAACAUUAUGAAAUUAUUCAACAACCCGGUGAAAUAGUAUUUGUUCCAUCUGGGUGGCAUCAUCAAGUGUGGAAUUUGGAAGACACUAUUUCUAUCAAUCAUAAUUGGAUCAAUGGUUGCAACGUUUGGAAUGUAUGGAUUUCCUUAAAGAAAGAACUUUGUGCAGUGAUGAGAGAAGUUGAUGACUGUCGUGACAUGGAUGGUUGGGAUGAUCACUGUCAAUUAAUGUUGAAAGCUUCACAUGGCAUGAACUAUGUACAAUUCUACAAGUUCCUCUCAUUCCUGGCAAAGAAACGUAUGGGUCUGAUCAUGAAGGAUACUCCUGUGAUUAGUUUUCACACUUGGCAUUUGGGAAGAAAUCAUUGCUUUUACGAUCUGAAACAAAUUAGGCUGGUGUUAGACGAUAUGAUUAGAGAUGUUGAAGAAAAGUGCAUACAGCGUCUAAUUUUUAGUGAAAACGAAGCAAGAUUUCUUGUUCAUGAAAUAAAUAAAAUCUUAGCUGUAAAUCCAUCAUUUGGAGAUUAACUUUGUACUAGGAAAUUAAACUCUGUAGUUUCUUCGUUAUAUUUUUUCAAAUAAAUGUACUAAUACCUUAAAAUGU